AUGGCAUUCAUUUUGAGAAGAUCCCGUGAAGAAUCCAAACGGGUGUUAACUAGAGCUGAUGGUUGGGCUCUCCGCCUCACUCCGUACAGUUACGAGAUUGAAUAUAUUAGAGGACAUGACAACAUAGCGGACCCUUCCUCGCGGUUAUAUUCUGGAGAGGAUGACGCGUUUAACGAAGAAGUCAGUCCAUGGGAAGUUUGUCACCUGGAACCAUACAACUCCGAAUUUCUAACAGAAGACGAGAUCCGUAAAUGCACAGAGCGAGAUAGCACCCUAACGCAAGUAGUCCAAGCCAUGGAAACAAAUACGUGGCCAAAAAGCUUGAUGAAGUUCAAAUCUAUUGGAGACGAUCUCAUCUUCACUGGUGGCAUAUUCAUGAAGAAUGGUUGCGCCGUCAUUCCUCUAGAGCUUCGCGAAAAAACACUGGAGAUAGCUCACCUAGGACAUCCGCUCGAAGCUAAGUUGAAAAGCAUCCUUCGUCGACGUGUAUGGUGGCCGGGAAUGGCUACGGAUGCAGAAAAGUGGCUUAAAUCCUGUGCCAUUUGUUCAGUAAACGGAAGACCAGAGAAACCUCCUCCCAUGCAAAGAUUAUUCGCUCCGAAAGGACAAAACGGUUUGGUAGAGGGUUUCAUGAAAAUAGUAAAUAAGGCUAUGUCAGCCGCAAUAUCCUCGGGAGCAAGCUAUCAAAAAGAACUGUAUGCUGCAGUCCAAUCUUAUAACGCUGCAGAUCACAGUAUUACAAAACUACCCCCAGAAGAAAUGAUGACCGGCCGUAAGAUCAGACGUGGACUUCCACUUUUGAACUACGGUAAAUCCGGAUAUAAUGAACAGUUGCUGGACGAAAGAGAUCGGGAAGCCAAAUUACUUUCAAUAAAGCGAGAGGACUAA